AUGGCGAUGCAAGAUGUGUGGCGGAUGAAAGAGUUAGGAUGGGAUGACCCCCUUCCAGAUACUAUGUGUUCCCUAUGGAAGAGCAUAUUUGGAAAUCUGAGACAGCUUGAUACAGUGUCCUAUCCAAGAUGUUUGAAACCAAAUGAGGUGACUGGACAGUCUGAGUUACAUGUGUUUGGGGACGCAAGUGCCCAAGCCUACGGUGCGGUUGCGUAUAUGUCAUGGCCUACCUCAGAGGGACCACAUGUGCAGCUAGUUUCAGCAAAGGCAAGAGUUGCUCCAUUACAGCAGACCACAGUCCCCAGGUUGGAGCUGAUGGCGGCGUUAGUUGCGUCAAGACUCGCAACGACGAUAGUUCAAGAGUUCAAAGAAAAACCAUCAAGAGUAAUCCUGUGGAGUGAUUCACAGAUUGUUCUCCAUUGGAUAAGAGCUGACUCUCUAAACUUCAAAGCAUUUGUUGGAGUCAGAAUAGGAGAAAUACAGUCUACUUGGAAUGCUGAUCACUGGAGAUAUGUUCCGACAUCACUAAAUGUUGCUGACGAUCUCAGUCGCGGAAUAUCAGUAUGUGAGUUAGGAGGAAGAUGGCUUCAUGGACCGUCUUUCCUUCAUGGUCCAGAAAGUCAGUGGCCAGAGAAUAUCGUAAAGAAUACAGUGUCCAGUGAAUUACUAGAAAGGAAGAAGCCAAAGAUCAUCGGCAUGUGUUCAUCUGUGGCAAAUGUGAUUGUUUCAGAGAGAUUCUCAAGUUGGAAGAAGCUAUUGAGAGUGACAGCCUAUUGUUUCAGAUUCUUACUUAGAUUGAAACAGAGAGUGAUAAGAAAGACAGCUCAAAUUAGAGUGACUGAAGACAGUCUACAGUGUGAAGAAAUUGAGCAUGCUGAGAGGUACUGGGUGAAAACAGUUCAGCUUUCACUAUUGGACUGGGAAACACAGUACUUGGAUCUCGCGCCAUUCAUGGAAAAUGGAAUCAUCAGAGUUGGCGGCCGGUUGCGUCAUACAACAGCGUUACAAUAUGACGAGAAACAUCCCAUUCUACUACCCAGGGGAAAUCAUGUGUCAAAGCUUAUCAUGGAAGAUGUUCAUGUGAAAGUGGCUCAUGCAGGCCAAGAGAGAACACUAGGUGAAUGUCAGAGAAAGUUCUGGAUAUUGCGGGGUAGGAACCUUGCAAGGUAUGUUGUACGAAAUUGUGUUGUGUGUCGAAAGUUGCGACAACCUGCACAUACUACUGUGAUGGCAGAUCUCCCACCUGAGAGACUUCGUCCAUUCUCGCCACCGUUCUCGGUCACAGGUGUUGACCUAUUUGGACCAUUCCUUCUAAAAUAUGGGCGGAAUAAAACCACAAAGGCAUGGGGCGCUUUAUUUACCUGCGCUAAUGUGAGAGCUAUUCAUCUGGAAAUAGUGGACGGGUUAUCAACCCAGGCUUUUCUCCACGCUCUACGUCGCUUUGUGUCGCAUCACGGGUGGCCGGAUACCAUUAUAUCAGAUAAUGGGACCUCCUUUGUAGGAGCACAGAAGGAAUUGAGGAGUUUAGUAGUGGAAGGAAGGAAGGACAUUGAGAACUUUGCAGUAUUGCAUAAAGUCAAGUGGAAAUUCAUAACUCCACUUAGCCCACAUCAAGGGGGACUUUAUGAAAGUUUGAUCAAGCAGACGAAGCGUGCACUGAGUGUUGCUAUAGGUCAACAAGUGUUGUCAUGGAACGAGAUGUCUACUGCAUUUGCUGAAGCUGAGUGUUUGUUAAAUAGUAGACCCUUAGGAUACACAAGUAGUGAUCCCAACAAUCUCCAGCCAUUGACCCCAAAUCACUUCUUACUUGGAAGAGCGACUGCGGACAUUCCACAGGGGCCAUAUCAAGAGACAAAGAAUCUUCACAAGAGAUUCGAGUUUGUGCAGAUGUUGGUACAACAGUUUUGGAAACGUUUUAUCAGAGAAUACAUGCCAACAUUGAUGCGGCGUGCAAAGUGGCGCAUUCAGGGGAGACAACUGCAGGUUGGUGAUGUUGUACUCCUAGUUGACUAUAAUUCUUCCAGAGGAAAGUGGGAUCUUGCCAGGAUUGUAGAAGUGUUUCCUGGACAUGAUGGAGUCGUGCGGAAUGUCAAAGUCAAGACUAAGAAUGGACAAUAUCAGCGCUCGAUUCAGAAGUGCUGCCUGAUCCUUGAACAUUAUAAUUCCUGA